CGUCACGUCACGUCACGUCACGUCACGCACGGCCGCGGAGGAUGCGAGGCACUUCCGGGUGUGGCCGCGCGGAGGGGUGUCGUUGUGCGGUGGGUGCAGCAUCCAGAGAUACAAAGGAGACGGCGACAAUGGCCGAUAUAUCACUGUACCUCACUAACGUCAAUGUGUCCAUAGGACAGACCAUGGACGUGCAGCAGACUCCGAGCCCUAACCCGGGUAAAGACUUUGAGAGUGUGGAGCUUGGGGAGCUAGACAAGAGAGAGGAGCAGCAGCACCAGCAGGAGGAGCAGAGGGAGAAGGUUCCUCGCAGGAUCAUUCAUUUCUCCAACGGGGAGACCAUGGAGGAGUACAGCACCGACGAGGAGGAGGGAGAGGACAAGGAGCCAGAGAGGAAAGACCUUUUGUCCUCCCCGGUCGAUGCGGUGAGGUCAAAGUUGACCUGGGGUCCAUACUUCUGGUUUCACAUGUGGAGAGCUGCGACGUCCACCAUCUCAGCCUGUGAUUACCUGGGGGAAAGGAUGGCCUCCCUCUUCGGGAUCACAUCAGCCAAAUAUCAAUACGCCAUCGACGAGUACUACAGGAUGAAGAAAGAGAGGGAGGAAGACAAAGAGGAGAACCGGCUGUCAGAAGAAGCAGAACGAUCCUUUGACCAGCUGCAGUGUCAGGGAGACGAAGACGAAGCGAUCACCAUAGCGGACCAGACACAGGCGUCCGCCGCUCACCCUGAUGUGACCUAUCAGGUCGAGGAUGAAAGUCAGGCACCUUCAAGCACCAUCGUAGUCCCCGCGAUCGUCACGGCAACCUAAGCAUCCCUAGAAAUGGACGUUUGCCCCUUACUGUCUGUCUGUUUGUUAAAGAAGGAACACUGUCUUGUUUCACCAAGCACCGUUUGGUUUGUGUACGACACAGCUUUAGAUGGGCAGCGCUGCUGUAUUGUGGUUGUUUGGCGAGGACGUUAGCGGUGACUGCUGAGUGUCCCUUUGGAACAGUGUGGUAACUGAUGAAGCACCUGCCGGAUAAUGAAGCAACAUAUUCAGAGCAUCAGAUACAUUAAAACAAACAAAUGUGUUUUGAAAACAUACAUUAUGAGCCAGAAAAUCAUUAGCUCCUCAGUUAUUACAUUAUCCAGCCGCAUUUGCAUUAUCAGUUGCUGCAGCAGCCUCCCAAAUUUGAACGUUUGCUGUGGAGUGACCGUUAAAUGUCGCUCCCCUGUGCCUCCGACGGACCAGACACUGUGCCUAAAUCACCAAUACAGCCAAGUCAGUGACAGUUCUGGAUGAAAAAAUAUAUUUGAAAAUGAUUUAAGACAUUUUUAAAUAUUUGAUGCACGUCCAACAGCUGUUUUCGUCCAGAUCUGGUCAAACUGGUGCAUUCUUGUUAAACCUGGCUGCACCAAAGAGCUGGCCAUUUUGACACACACUCACCUUUUCAUUAGCUUUCUAUGUUUUUGUAUUAAUGCUUACUGAAACUUGCAUUGCACUCAGUGUGUGUGUGUGUGUGUGUGGAAGCACCGAGCACGUUUAGCCUUGGUUAUGGAAUCACCUGUGGACCACAUGUCUGACAUUUUGUUAAAAAAAGCAAUGAAAACGGGUUUAUGUGUUCUAUGUUGCUCUUAUCAUCUGCCUUAUCUGCUAUGAACAUAACAUAGUAGAUGUGGUGUGUAUGCCUUUGAUAAUGGCAGGGAGCAUUGUUACACUAAGUCUGUAUAAAGAGUUGCAAACUUACAUUUUUAACUGUUUUUCGUACGAUUUUUGAUAUUUCUGUAUUUAUUUAAUUGAACUGACGAAGCACUUAAUUUAAACAUUUUUUCUAUUGAUUUAGUAAUACUGUAAUGAACUGUUAAUAAAAUCAUAAUUAUUGUCUGACUUUUCUACUCA